ACAGCAUCAGCAUGCGUCUUUGUUGUCAGACGGCAGCAGAGAGCUCACCUUGUCGGGAAUAAAGCAGGAAAGCCAGGCAGUGAAAUGAUUACUAUUUCGUUCUGAUGUAACCCAAGCGUCCCAAAAGUGGGAUCAGUGGCGAAUUAAGUCGAAGAAGUCGCAGCUGACUGGACAUUUGACAGAACAACGAGAGUACACAUGUCGUCUGCGGCAGAGACGGUGGAGAAUGCCUCUAUCAUCUCAGAGAGCGUGGCUCAUGAUGGAAACCGCUUGUGGAUAGGAAACAUCGAUCCCAAAAUUACAGAAUAUCACCUCGUGAAGCUGCUGGAGAAGUUUGGCAAAGUUAAACAGUUCGACUUCUUGUUUCACAAAUCUGGCCCUUUAGAAGGACAACCCCGAGGCUACUGCUUCGUCAACUUCAGCACCAGAGAGGAGGCAGAACGGGCCAUCCAGUGUCUGAACGGGAAGCUGGCUUUGUCCAAAAAGCUGGUCGUGCGCUGGGCGCACGCACAGGUGAGGAGGUUCGAAGGUUUCCGUAACGACAAGACGAUGCCCUCCAGCCUGGAACCGUCGUGCAGCGGCUCGGCCGACGAGGGAUCCAUAACAACCAGCCACCUCAGUACGAGCGCUAAGAUCCGAGCAAUCGAGGCCAAGCUCCAGAUGAUGGACGAGAAUCCAGAUGAUAACUACUCAGGCCCGUCACCCUACGUUUACAACAAACCGCCGGAGAGGAAGCGCUGGGAGCCCUACUCUAAAUCAAACCACAAUAACCAGAGCAGGCCCUUCCGCAAGUUUCGGAGAUGACCCAUCCUCAAGCGUUCUCCGGAGAUCCAACCCCAAAUCCCCCCC